AUGGACACAAAGUACGUCCUCUCGAAAAUAAACCAGUACUGUGUGGCCAAUAAGAUCAUCCGCUGUACAUAUAGAGAUCAUCCAUUUAUGUACAACGGAGUCUGUUUCAUUUACACUAAAAAGGUAGAUAACCCCAUACCAUCCAACCUUACCAUUCAAGGAUGUAGAUUGGGGGUAAAAUAUGAAGGACAGCCCCAGCCUGAUAGGAAGUGCUAUGUCUGUCAAGUUGAAGGACAUACUGCCAGGGACUGCCCUUCUAGACCACCACCACCCCCUAUCUCACCCAUCACUGACAAAGAGGGGUCGGGUGCCUUUCAAGUUUACAAUCCUCGUAAGAAAGCCCCGAAUCAAAUUUCCAAAUCGGUGGGAGAUCUCCUCAAAACUAUUAGGAACACCUCUACGCCCAUUCAGUCCAAUAAAAACAAUCUGGACACACCGGCUACUCCUGGCUGGGUACCGGAUGAAGCUGAAUGGGAAAACGUAGAGGAAAGUGACUAUGAUAAAAGUAAAGAGGAGAUCGCUCAGCGAUCGAGUCUCAUAGCCAGCACAUCCAAAGCGCCAAUACCCAAAGCCCCGAAAGACAAACGUUCAACCCUCCAAGACACGCCCCUAUCCUCCAGAUCCAACUCUAAAGAUAGGAAAAGGGAUAGGGACAGGAGUAGCCUACUCGAAGAUCAUAAAAAACACAAGAUAGCCACUCAUGAAACAUCUGAGAGUAGAGAAUCGAGUACCAGUAUGGAUCCCUCGAACUAUACUACUAGAGGGAAGGCUACUCAAAAAAAGAAUAAAUAG